AUAGUCUGGCCAUCCCCACCACUGGUCUACAGGCUUGCCGCCUCUGCUCGCCUGUCACAGUUCCCUAACCUCCUCAUUUCUCCUGAGUGACCAGCUCUGUAAAGAGCUGAUGCAUCUUGUGAUGAGUAAUGGACAGCAGGAAAUACCCACUCUAUAAAAGGAAGCUGACGAGGAAGACACCCACAGGCAACCUGGACAAGCAGAAGGGGUCAGCUGGGCUCUCCAGUGCGUUGUGUAUCCAGCUGGGAUUUGAAUUUGCUGCUGGCUGUCGAUCAAGGGUGUGAAGCAGGGAGGCAGGACCAUGUGGCUAUCCCCAACUCUGCUCCUCCUCAGUUUCCCAGGCUGUUUUGCCAUCCAAGGCCCAGCAUGGGUGAGAGGCCCAGAGAAGGGGUCAGUGACCAUUCAAUGCCACUAUAGUUCCAGAUGGCAAGCCUACAACAAGUGGUGGUGUCGAGGAGCAAACUGGAAGACUUGCAGGGUCCUCAUUCGAACCACGGGGUCAGAGAAAGAAAGGAAGAGUGGCCGGUUGUCCAUCAGGGACAACUGGAGAGAGAACUCGCUCCUGGUUACCAUGGAGAUGCUCAGGCAAAAUGACACAGACACUUACUGGUGCGGUAUUGAAAGAUUUGGAACUGACCUUGGGACCAGAGUUAAAGUGACCGUUUACCCAGAGGGAAAAGAUACCAUGUCUUCCCAGCUACACUCCUCUAUGCCCACUGUGGAUAGCAACACAUAUGUGAUUUCUUCUGACUUGCAUAAGAGGACACACUACAUACUCCUGGUAUUUCUGAAGGUGCCUGCCUUGCUCAUCUUGGCUGGUGUUGUCCUCUGGCUGAAGAAGUCAACUCGGAAGAUCCCUGAGGAACAGUGGAGACACACUCUCAGCAGCAAUCUGGACUCUGAACUUCUGGACAAAGACAUUUCCCCUUAGACUGGAGCAUAAGCAGUGCCUUCCCAGUCUGGACUCGCAUUCCAGAAACAUCUUUAAGUUUUCAGUGGGUAGUGAGUGAGGCUGGUGCCCAGAGGGCUUGGCCAGGCAUGAUCUCCACUCUGCACACUAUGGGGACACCACCCAGUCCCCCCUCAGGUGUCAUCACACCUGCAGUACCAGAAUCUCGCUCCUCCUCUACAUUCUCUCCUGCCCUAUCUCCUUUACCCGCCACAGUCAGCCCAGGGUGAGAACCGCUGGAAUGGAACCAAAGCUGCAGAAAGACAGCUGCGUGUCCCUUGCUGAAAAAGCUUGUGCAGGGUCUAAGACAAAAGCACAGGGAAACAGAAGGGACCCAGUGGUGCGGGUAGAUAGCCUAUGCUUUGAGAGCUCAGGGAGCCUGGAGCAGGCAUCCGCCCUCUGUCUGUCCUGGACACUGAGGCCACCCCUAGCAUGCACUUCUGAGGAAUCUGACAGGCCCAGGGUCUGGAGAGAAGAGAACUCAGACAUCCAUGACUUCGCCACAGGAGCUAGCUGGGUCUGCAUUUCCCAGCAGGUGUGUUUGUCCAGGGCCAGAAACAGAAGGCCACACUCCCUUAAAUAGAGCUGUGGCCUACACAGAUGCAUGGCAUGCUGGUUCUAACCAGAGGUUAGUCAGGGGAGAGUAACAGAGAGAGGAGAGCCGCCAAGAGAGCAAGGCAGGCAGAGAGAGCCAUGUGCCUCCCGACCUGGGUCCUCCCUGUGACCUGCACUGCAACAUCCGCUCUGCAGAGGAAGUCAGGUUAGGGUAUCUCGUCAGAGUAACUACCAACAGCGUGAGUCAGAAAGGCAGACACAGCAAGAAUGGUCUCUUAUCAAAGGGCUCUUCUGCUUUAACUGUGGUUGGGGAAAACAACGCCUAACAUGCUUUUUCCAUGAGGUUUCCAGUGCACAGUACACAGCCGGUAUGCACACUGCAAAGGCAACAGAUCUCUAGAACAUUCUCAUCUUGCAAGGCUCAGACUCUAAGCCCACUGCACACAACCCCUCACCCCACCAGGUCCUAGCUACCACCAUUUCACUCCCCCCCCCUCGAUGAGUUUUGCUAAUGUACUUGAGUGGAAUCAUGAGGCAUUUUUAGUCCGGGAUUGCUUUAUUCUAUUUAGCACCAUGUCCUCAAGGAUCAUCCACCUUCUAGCAGAUGACAGAAUUCUUUUAGGUUCAAUGCUGAAAUAAUCUCCUACUGUGCGGAUAUACCACUCAUUUACUAACAGGCCUUUUGGCUGUUAUUACCUCUUGACGUUCGUGGACAAUAAGCGUGGGUAGGUUGGUAUCACAUUGAGAUGCUGUCUUCAAUUCUCUUGGAUCUGGUGGUGACGAUUAAUCUUGAUUGUUGACUUUGCUGGGUUUAGAAUCACCUGCGAGACACACCUCUGAGCUUUUCUAUGAGGGUGCUUCCAAAGAGGUUUAACUGAGGAGAGAUGACCCACCCUGAAUGUGGGCCCUCCCCCUCCCGUAGUCUGGGGUCUCAGACUGAAUAAAAACAAGGAAAGGGAGGAAGUGGGCUGAGCACCAAUGGGUUCAUCUCUCUCUCUUCUUCCUGAGGAUGAAGUGUGGCUAGGUAGCUCAUCGUUCGGCCUUUACAGCUAGAUCUACCCCUGCUGCCGUGCCAUCUCCAACAUGAUGGACUGUCUCCCUUAAAACAGUGAGCCAAAAUAAACCUCGCCUUCCUUAAGCUCCUUCCAUCAUGGAUUUUGUCACAGUGAGGCAAGUAACUAGCACGCAGGCCCGAGAGUUCUAUCACUGGGUCCUGUGGCCAUGGUCUCUAUUUUGAAUGAUCGCUAUAACAUUUUCCACAAUGGCUGCAUUAUUUUAUAUUACCACCAACAGGAUGUAAACAUGCUAAUUUCUCCAUAUCCUUCAUCUGCA